GUCGUUCUUCAGAUGCUGAAUAACUGAAACAAUAUUUUAAUAUUUGUUUGAGGAGAGAAUUUGGGGCAGGCAGGGCAGCACUGAUUGGUGCAGUGGGCUAUGAUGUCAUGGUUCAGCCCAUCAACUGUGGAAUUUUACAGGAAUUGGCCAUCCAUAGCAGUGGCAAAUCUCAAGAUGUCCUCUUUUGAGAGUGCUGUCCUUUUACUUCUUUCUAUGGGAUACUUAUGUCAAUCAAGCAGAACACCACUGGAGAAACUGGCAGACAACAAACUGUGUGCAGAUAUGGAGUGUUCAUAUGCUAUCUCACUGGCAAUGGCUUUGGAGGAUUAUGUUGCCCCUGAUUGUAGGUUUAUUAACUUGAAACGGGGUCAGAUGAUCUAUGUGUACUCCAAAUUACUGCCAGCAGAGGGUGGUGGAAUAUUCUGGUCGGGAAGUGUUUAUAGUGAACGAUAUGUGGACCAAAUGGGCAUCAUCGGAUUCUUCCCUGUGAAUUAUGUCAAUGAGACAUACACCUUCCAGCGUGAUACAGUCAAACUUCCAACAACUGACACAGAAUUCAUCUGUAUUUAAGAAGAGAGAGCAGAUGAUUUUCUAAAUUCUACCUCGCGCUACCUGGCUAAAAUCCUGGCGCGCCAGCAAGAUCUACGUCAUUUUGACGUCACGGUGUCGCGCUACCGGUCGGGUGCAUCGAGUAUGUAGAACGCAUUAGUGUGAUAGGUAGGGGUGGGCGAUAUGGACAAAAAAUAAUAUCUCGAUAUUUUUUGUGAUUUUGACGAUAACGAUAAUUAGUC